GGAGGUUGUGUGUGUGUAUGUGUGUGCGCGAAAGAGCCGCAUUCAGUAUUCAUAGUUGAUGUUCUUUGCGGCUGUAUUAUUGACGUAAUAACCUGAUAUAUGGCAGCUUUACAAUACGCGGGUAUGGACGACACAGACAGUGAGGAUGAGUUACCUCCUGGCUGGGAAGAAAGAUCCACCAAGGAUGGAUGGGUUUACUAUGCAAAUCAUGAUGAUAUGAAAACACAGUGGGAACACCCCAAGACAGGAAAGAAGAAACGAUGUGCUGGAGAUUUACCAUAUGGCUGGGAGCAAGAAACUGAUGACAAAGGCCAGAUAAUUUAUGUUGAUCACAUUAACAAGCGGACUACACAUUUUGACCCGCGUCAGGCAUUUACAGUGGAGGAUGUCAUGGUGAAGCCAAAACGCUAUGAUGGAAACACGGCUGCUCUAGAGAUUCUGCAAGGUCGUGACCUCUCGGAUAAGGUGAUCCUCAUUACUGGGGGAAAUUCUGGCAUUGGCUUUGAGACAGCCAGGUCCUUUGCUCUUCAUGGUGCCCAUGUGAUCUUGGCGUGUCGGAACCUCUCCCGAGCUCGCAAGGCAGUCAGCCUCCUACAGCAGGAGUGGCACAAAGCACGAGUGGAAGCCAUGAUGUGUGACUUAUCCUCCCUACGUAGUGUCAGGGAGUUUGCUGAGGCAUUCAAUGAGAAGAAGCUACCCCUGCACAUUCUUGUGUGUAACGCUGCAGUGUGCACCCAGCCCUGGUGUUUGACCGAGGAUGGUUUCGAGUCCACCUUCCAGAUCUGCCACUUAGGUCACUUUCUGAUCGUCCAGUGCCUACAGGACGUGUUACGGCGCUCAGCUCCUGCCCGAGUUGUGGUGGUGUCUUCAGAAUCCCACAGGUUCACAGACCUUUUAGACUCCUGUGGACAGUUGGACCUGGCCCAGCUUUCUCCUCCAAAGAAGGACUACUGGGCCAUGCUGGCUUACAAUCGUGCAAAACUGUGCAACAUCCUCUUCAGCAAUGAGCUUCAUCGUCGCCUCUCCCCUCAUGGUGUCACCUCCAAUGCAGUGCACCCCGGGAACAUGAUGUACACCUCUAUACACAGAAGCUGGUGGCUGAUGACUUUCCUUUUCACCCUGGCCAGGCCUUUCACCAAGUCUAUGCAACAGGGGGCAGCCACCACUGUGUACUGUGCUGUAGCUCCGGAGCUGGAAGGGUUAGGCGGCAUGUACUUCAACAACUGCUUCCGCUGCCUGCCGUCCAUCCAGGCACAGGACCACAGCAGCGCCACCAGCCUGUGGGGACUGAGCGAGCGCCUGAUUGCAGAGAGGCCUGCAGGCAUCCAGGCCCUGUGAUGGACAGGUCUGCCAGCCCAUCAGAACUCGAGGAGGAGUUGGAGGAGGGACUUCCCAAACGGAGUUUUAAGUAUGGUGGGUCGACAACCAGUUAGGUAUGAGUUGACUAAACUGUAACUUUAUUCUACAAUGCACAACCACAGAAGUCCCUCUGGAUCAGUCACAUCACGAUGGGACACAGUACAUAUACAGUACACGAGGCGUUUCUUACAUAAAACAAAGCUUCAGCACUGCUGUGGUACUUUACAAUGGGAGAGGGGGUAAUUCAGGGUCCCCCCUCUGUCUGUGAGACUCCAGUCUACUCUGUUUCAGGAUUGUCCACUUACAAGA